AUGUCUCGAAAAGAAGGUCAAAUUGCUCUUGCAAUCAGUGCAUACAAUAAGGGUCAAUUUACAAGUUUAAAAGCAGCUUGUACAAGGUACGAUGCGCCAUAUUCUACUACUUACGACCGCGUCAAGGGAGCUAUUCCACAACGCGAUUUCCGACCCCGAAACCAGAAACUCACCGACCUCGAGGAAUCAGCACUUAUACAAUGGAUGUUAUCAAUGGAAGCUAGAGGUCUGCCAGUACGGAAAGAUUCGAUACGCCAAAUGGCCGAUUUACUACUGGAAAAGCGAACUGGAGUAGGUCGAAUUAUUGUCGGAAAAUGCUGGGUUGACAACUUUAUAAAGCGCCACGACUCUUUACGGACGAAAUACACUCGUAAAUACGACUAUAAGCGCGCAAAAUGCGAGGAUCCUAUGAUUAUCCGAGAUUGGUUUCGAUUAGUACAUAAUAUUGUUGCGAAAUAUGGUAUACUAGCGGAGGAUAUAUACAAUUUCGACGAGACUGGCUUUCAGAUGGGAGUAAUUGCGACCGCAAAAGUUGUUACAGGGUCAGAAUAUACAGGACGGGCUAUUCAUAUACAACCAGGGAAUCGCGAAUGGGUUACAGUUGUCGAAUCAAUUUGUGCAGAUGGAUGGGUGUUGCCUCCAAUGGUUAUAUUUGAGGGCAAGGUGCAUAUAUCGACUUGGUAUACAGAUCAAUUACCAGCAGAUUGGACAAUUGCACUUAGUGAUAAAGGGUGGACCAAUGAUUCAUUAGGUCUUAAGUGGCUUUCAGACGUAUUUGAGAAAUAUACCAAGGACCGUGUGUGA